CAAACAACGCCAGCGGCCUCUCCCUGCCAAAGCAGGCCGCGGGCAGCCCAAACGCCGACAUGAGGCCAGAACCUGGUACUAACCCCGAGUGGGACGCGAGGGUCCUGUCCUGGCAGCAGAAACGGGACGACAUCACGCAGCGGUUCCGGUGGAGGCGGCACCACAACCAGCGCCAGGCGACGCGCUACGGCCAGGCCAACGGCUGGCAUAGUUCGGGGCGGCCGCCGCGAGAAGAGGCGCCGCGGCCCCUGCCGCACGCCGUCGGCGCCAUCAAGGACUGGCGCUACUAUAGAAGAGCGGCGUCGGGCCUCCAGACGGGCGGCGCCAUCUGGACGGACCUGUACAACGCGCCCCUAAGGAACGUCAAAAAGCUCGGGUUAGUAAACAAAAAAGUGCUCCAGGAGGACAUUAAUGGGUUGGAGCACAUCUGUGCCAUCGUGGCGCGGGAGCAGGACGCGCAGCAGGCCGAACAUGACCGGAUUAAAGCGCAAGCGGAAGAAAUACGAGCCGACUUCGUCCAGACGUUAAGAGAAAACAGGGACAAGCCCGGCGGCGUCGACUACACGCGACGGAUCAUGGGCAAGGAGGUCCUGCCUCCCACGCUACUCGGGCCGCCCCGCGUGACGGCGCGCACCGAAAGGUUGUCGCACGGCCACAAGGGCGUGGCCGCGCGGCGCGAACUUUUUGAGAGACUGGGCUGCCAGGACAUGAAGGGCCUGCUCGUGACGGACCGGGGCCUGGCGGAGCACAUGCACGAGCUCGCGGCGCUCGUCGACAUCGAGCUGCCCAAGAACAAGUUCAUCCCCAAGAAAGAUGAUUCUUUCCAAGGGCCGCGCGUGAAGACGUGAAGACUAAGUAAGUACGAAACGAACGACCUUACACAGAUAAGCA